CACGACAAAACCGCAGCUGUCCUGGGAGAAAAGUAACAGAGUGUAUUCCCAUUUCUCUCACCUUUCACACACAUACCAGCAUAGGAGCAGACAAGGUAUCAUCGUCACCAUAAUCAUCAACAUCAUCAUCACAGUGUUCAUCACCGCCGGCAUUACCGCCUUCUCCAUCAUAGCUGCCACAACAUAAACCACUUCCACUUGCCACCCCAAAAAAAUCAGUUUCACCCCAUUACAAAGGUGGUUGUUGGACACAGGAAGGCAGUUGAGGGUGAACCGCCAAAAAGUUCAGUUUGGAUCAGUCGGUCUUAGGUACGAGGCUCGAAGCUGGAAAAUUGAGGUGCAGUGUUCUAGUGAGUGUCCUGUGGAUAUGAAGUGAAAAAAAUCUGAUUGCAACCAAGAUAUGUGUGGAAAUGAUUUGAAAAAAAUAAUAAUCAACAUUUUUGGUUGCGGUGCGCGCUUUGUCCUUCCUCAUGCAAGGGUGAUGUAAGUUCACAAGGAAGUCGGCAAUACUGAAAUGCUCUCAUCAUUUACUUGAUUACAUAGUGCAACGUCCUUAACGGGGAAGAGAUGGAUAAACGAUAAAUGUGAUAGUAAUUCGAUUAAAGUGAUUUUGAGCCCGGGGCCAGUAUUGCCUGAGUUGGCAGGCACAUACGGUGCGGUGCGGUGCAGUGCCGAAAAGUGAUUUGUGUGUGUUUCCAGUUCUAUAGUAGCUAGAGUCGCCUAGAUAUAGAUACCAACCCCUUCUUCGGAAUCAUCGAACAUAUAAAACAUGUGGAUUAGCAGUCAUGUAGCCGUAGCCGUAAUCGUUUUGUUUCAUUGUUUCAUUGACAUAAUUUAUUGUGACGUAUUCGACGCCCAUUUACGUGGACCAGGCUUUGUGAUGGAGCCUCCGCCUCGAUUGGAAUUUUCCAACUCUUCCGGUGGAUGGUUGGACUGUUCGGCUUCCGGGAGUCCACAACCAACAAUCGAUUGGCUGUCCGUCGAUGGAACGUCAGUUGGAGAUUUAGGCGGCGUGAGGAGAGUGCUUCGCAAUGGCACUUUAGUAUUGCUCCCAUUUCCUGCAGCACAAUAUCGUCAGGACAUCCAUAAUACGAUUUAUAGGUGCGUUGCGUCAAAUAGCGUUGGACGAGUUAUAUCCAGGGAUGUCCAGGUUCGCGCAGUUGUGGCACAGGCGUAUAAAGUGGACGUUGAAGUAUUGGGAGCUUCGAGAGGUUGUACAGCAAUCCUGCGAUGCGUUGUUCCGACUUUUGUUAAGGAAUUAGUUCGAGUGGUCUCAUGGGUACAGGAACCUGCAAUUUAUAUUUAUCCGUCACUACAAGGAGAUGGAAAAUUUCAUCUACUUCCCACCGGGGAAUUGUUAAUCCAUAAUCUGGAAUAUAACGACAGAUUUCCUACGUAUCGGUGUCGAACAAUGCAUCGCCUCACCAGACAAGUAGUUGUCAGUUCUGCAGCGAAAAUCAGGAUCACGGAUCACCGGGGAAUUGUUUCGCCGAGCCUCGUGGAACAUACAGCACAUGUUUCGGUGGCACAGGACGAGGGAGCGGUCCUGCUCUGCGUCGCCCAAGGAUGUCCAUCGCCCGAGUACAGGUGGCACACUCAAAACGGAGGAGAACCGCUCCCAGUGCUCAGUGGGACACGUGUUCGUCUAUUGGGUCCUGUUCUCGCCAUUGAAGCAGUUACAGCAGAGGAUUCCGGAACGUACAAAUGUUCUGCAUCGAAUGCAGGUGGCGAAGCAAGUGCUGAACUUCGUUUGUCGGUAUCGACCCCCAUACAAGUAGAAAUCAGCCCCAAUAUCCUGAGUGUUCAUAUGGGCGGCACAGCCGAAUUCCGUUGCAUUGUUACAAGCAAUGGGUCGCCAGUAAAUCAUCAGCACAUCACCUGGUACAAGGAUGGUCGACAGCUUCCCAGCGCAGCACGAAUAGGCGACACACUUCUCGUAACGGGAGUGAGCCGAGAGAACAAGGGAAUGUACCAAUGCGUCGUUCGUCGUCCUGAAGGUGACACAUUUCAGGCUUCAGCUGAACUUCAGUUAGGAGAUGCACCACCAGUCCUGCUCUACAGUUUCAUUGAGCAAACCCUGCAGCCAGGACCGGCAGUAAGUUUAAAGUGUUCAGCAUCAGGAAAUCCAACUCCGCAGAUUACAUGGCUACUGGAUGGCUUUCCCUUACCAUCUCAUGGAAGAUUUAUGAACGGACAGUACGUAACAGUGCACGGAGACGUAAUUAGUCACGUCAAUAUUAGCCACGUUUUGGUCGAGGAUGGUGGCGAGUAUUCCUGUAUAGCGGAAAACCGAGCUGGGAAAGCAUCUCAUUCAGCCAGGCUAAAUAUUUAUGGUCUUCCAUACAUUCGGCCGAUCCCGAAAGUUACUGCAGUGGCUGGAGAGACAUUAAAUUUAAAAUGUCCUGUGGCCGGAUACCCCAUCGAGGAAAUCCAUUGGGAGCGCAACGGACGAGAGUUGCCUGAUGAUAUACGGCAGAAAGUACAACCGGAUGGUUCGCUGGUCAUAAGUCCGGUGCAGAAGACAGCUGAUACGGGGACGUACACGUGCUGGGCACGCAACAAACAGGGACAUAGUGCUCGGCGGAGUGGUGAUGUCAACGUCAUAGUACCACCAAAACUAAGUCCAUUUCAAUCGACCAUUCUCCAAUUCAAUAUGGGCGAUCGAGCAUCCCUUACAUGUUCGGUUGUUAAGGGUGACCUGCCAUUAACGAUAACAUGGCUCAAAGACGAUCGUCGAAUUGAUCCUUCGCAACACAUGUCCGUUAAGCAAGUGGAUCAGUAUAAUAGUAUUUUGGUCAUCGAGAAUUUAGGAUCCGACCACACGGGAAAUUAUUCAUGUGUUGUGCGAAAUUCGGCAGCUCAAGUGGAAAACACCCAGGCCCUCUUGGUCAAUGUUCCCCCUCGAUGGGUUGUCGAACCAACGGAUGUGAGUGUCGAAAGGAAUCGUCACAUUACGUUGCAUUGUCAGGCACAAGGCGUUCCAACACCCACGAUUCAAUGGAAGAAGGCUACAGGAAGUAAAUCUGGUGACUACGAGGAUGUAAGAGAGCGACCGUAUACAAAAUUGUUAUCCAAUGGUUCGCUUUUCCUCCAACAUGUUAAAGAAGAUCGCGAAGGAUUCUAUCUUUGUCAAGCGCACAAUGGAAUUGGAACUGGAAUUGGGAAAGUAAUACAACUAAAAGUUAACUCUUCACCAUAUUUUUCGGCCCCAUCACGGUCCGUAACUGUCAAGAAAGGCGAUACUGCUAUACUACAAUGCGAAGUGAAUGGAGACAAGCCUAUUAAUGUAGAAUGGCUGAAAGCUGGAAAACAUUUGCUCAAUCCAUCAAGAAAUUAUAGAAUUCAAGUGAAACAAGACGCAACACCAGACGGAGUAUCUGCCGAAGUACAAAUUAGUAAUGUUGAGAGUAGUGAUAGUGGACCAUACUUUUGCCAAGCAAGUAAUCUGUACGGUCGCGAUCAACAGCUGGUUCAACUCCAAGUACAAGAGCCACCCCAGGCUCCCUCAGCUCUGGAGGCGAAAGUUCUUUCGAGUCGAUCGAUAAACUUGAAAUGGCAGCCUAAGAGCAACGAUCUUGCGGAAGUUUCCAAAUUUAUUGUAGAAUUCAAGGAAUUAGAUGCCCUAAUGCUGAAUCCUUGGAUUCAAAUGGAAAUAUCAAACCCCCCAGGUUAUUCAGCAAUAAUCGAAAAUCUAAAACCAGCCACUAAAUAUGCUAUGCGGGUCAUAGCCGAAGGUACAGCUGGGAGAAGUGCCCCAAGUCAAGAAAUAAUAGCAAGAACGGAAUCACAGCGACCAGCUGGCCCACCUCUAAACUUAGCUGUUAGACCACUCUCAUCUACAGAGUUGCUGGUCACGUGGCUUCCUCCGUUAUCUGAGCUCAGGCACGGAGAUAUCCACAGAUAUAAUAUUGGCUACAAACUUUCAUCUGCAACAAAUUCUGCUUACAACUUCACAUCUGUUUCUGGAGAUGGUGACGACGGGAGCGCUGAGCUGGUACUUAGUGGACUACAAAAAUAUGCAAGAUAUACAGUAGUUGCCCAGGCUUUUAAUGAAGUUGGACCAGGACCACUUUCUGACCCAGUGUCAGCACAAACAAUGGAAGAUGUUCCUAGCAAACCACCAGAUGAUAUAAGAUGCGCUGCGUUGACAUCACAAUCGCUCCAAGUAUCUUGGCAGCCUCCACCUGAACAUCACACAAAUGGCCUCUUAUUAGGGUACAAACUUACAUACGAGCCAAUUUUAGAAGACUUUCUCACAGCCAACGACGACGUUGAGCACAGAGAAACAACUGCCUUAACCACAGUUCUGACUGGCCUAUCUAAAUUCACCAAUUAUAGUGUUCAAGUCCUUGCUCAUACAAGAAUGGGUGAUGGCGUUAUUUCCAAUCCCGUGUACUGCCAUACAGAUGAAGAUACUCCUGACAUGCCGGCUGAUAUCAAAGUAGUCGUGAGCUCACCACAAUCUUUAUACGUUUCGUGGCUACCUCCAACAGAACCUAAUGGAGUCAUUACAAAGUACAAUCUUUAUACUAGAGUUGUGAAUGGCCGAGAAGAACUGAAUCAAGAAAAACGAAAUCUUCCUUCGCAACAACUAUAUUUUGAAACAAAGAAUCUUCAGGCUCACAUAGAAUAUCAGUUUUGGGUUUCAGCGUCAACGCGUGUUGGUGAAGGGAAGAGCUCAAGGAUCGCGUCUCAAAUAACAACUAAUAGAGUUCCUGCUCGAAUCGUAUCCUUUGGAGGACCAGUAGUGAGGCCUUGGACCUCAACCGUGUCACUUUCCUGCACUGCUGUAGGAAAACCAAGGAGAGAAUGGUUCAAGGGCGACAUAGUCCUACGUACUGAAGAAAUGCACAACGUCCAACUACUUGACUCGGGCGAUCUAAUUAUAUCGAACUUACAAAUAUCCGAUAGUGGAAACUAUAGCUGCCAAGUAGAUAACGGAGUUGGAACUGACAGACUUACUCACACGCUCGUAGUGCAAGUUCCACCUAGUAGCCCAGUACUCUACGUUACUAGCGCCACGUCGAGUAGUAUCCUUAUGCACUGGAAGGGAGGAUCGAAUGGAAAUGCACCAAUCACACGAUAUACAUUACACUAUAAACGAUCUCAUGGAAAUCUCGAUGAAAUGAUUCUUUCUCGACAUGCAUCCAGCCACGAAUUGAAAGGCCUUCUUUGCGGAAGUACAUAUCAAAUUUAUUUGACUGCCCACAAUAAAAUUGGGAUAUCGCCACCAAGUACAACACUUCACGUACGAACUCAGGGACAAGCUCCUGGCAUUCCAUCUAGCGCCACACUCCUUACACCGAACUCUACAUCGGUUUUGAUAAGACUGCAGGCAUGGCCGGAUAAUGGAUGUCCGAUAAUUUAUUUUGUUUUACAGUAUCGUGCGAUUUCAGCUGAUAUUCAUAAUGAGUGGAUUUUAGUAUCAAACGCAUUAAAACCACAACGAAAAUUUGUUAUAACUGGCUUACUACCGUCGACACUUUACCAAUUAAAAAUGGAAGCCCACAACGUAGCUGGAACUGCAAAUGCGGAGUUCUCAUUCGUAACACUAACCAAAGACGGAGAGCCACCUCCACCAGAAGUAAUCCAGAGGGGGCACAGGGCGACAAUUUUCUAUGGAGAUGUAAACUUGCUAAUACCGGGAGUAGCAAUUCUAUUCGGGUUAAUCUGCACCAUAGCACUAUCGAUAAUGUGCUAUAAACAUAAUAAAAUUUCAGGACAAAGCAAUCGCAUUCAGAAGGAAACAAUGGAGAAUCGACAAAAUAGUGAAGCUCAACGUGAAAGAUACUACGCCACAAUCCAUAAGGUUUCCUUACAAAAUAACGAGAAAAUUCCUGAAACUUCAGAGGAUAUUUCGCCGUACGCUACAUUUCAACUAUCUGAGGCCAGUACAUUGGCUCAGCCUCAUCACACUGGUCCAGCUAAUACUCUCCUGCACUCGUUCAUGUAUCAUGAAAGAGCUUUGCAGGAAGGUUGCUCUUCACCACCACCACCUGCGGCAUCUAAGGGUCGCAGAAGACAUUCAAGGAAGACAGAACCAGAAAGUGAGGAAUCUGACUCGGACCAGGACCAGUUAACAUCUAGUCGGACUGAGUCCUCUAACCAACUGGAUGCCAAAAUCAAACACAGCAUAAUUUAUCAUGGCACCCAAUCGAGUACAUCAUCCGAUCUUUCACCUAUGUCCGAGCAAAAAUCGCUACCAAGACGCGGCAGAUCAAGGGGUACAAUGAGAACAUUACUGCCACUACAAUUACAAGACAAUACACCAGGUGGUAACUUCCAUCAGCUACCCUUAGAAGGUGGAACUCCAGAUCGGCCUGAGCUCUCGGAGGCGGAAUGCGACAUCGACACCUUGAAAAAGCUGAAGCUGGGAAUGCGCUCAUCGCUCUGGUCACGUCCUGGUGGCAAUAACCAGCACCAGUCCCAGCAGCACCAGCAGCCUCCGCCGUCAACCAUUCAACAGGCUUCAUCGCAUCCCUCGGAUUACUCGAUCGCCGUAUGAGCACAGCCCCUCUGCCACCACUCAAAAGCUCACAACAAAUGAAUAAAAAUUUACUUUUUUAUAUACGCUUUUCAAAAUUCAAAGGAAGAAGAAUAGAUUUAUUUUUAAAUUCAUCGAAAAUAUUUUUAUGAGAACAGAUACUGUAAAAUAUAAGUAAAAAUUACUGAGAAUGUUUCGGACAAAAUCUACAAAAUUUACAAUAACAAGACAAAGAGUACGCGUUUGAGUUUCUGUUUUACAACCAAAAAGUGAACAAAAUUUACGAUACCACAUAUUUUAAAACGUUUCGGAAACAAAGGUGCCAAAUUUCAAAAAAAUCUAGUCAUAAGUUCAUUGUUUACAAAACGUUUCGGAAAUUUUCAUACGGUAGAUGCAUACAAAUAAUUUUUAUACUAAUAUUCAACAAAAAAUACAAAAAAAAUGUGAAAAUAUGCUAAAUUCACGGUUUGGAGGGUAAAGCCAAACAUAAAAUAAUUGACCCAAGAAAUUAAAUUAAAUCAAAUUAAAGUCAAAAAUGAAAACAAAAACAAAAGAAAGAUGAUAAAACGACAAAAUAGAUUUGUCUAGCCUAAAAGUAACGAUAGUCUAGAAGGGUAAAUUUAAAGAAACAAAAAUGUUAAAAUUUAAAACUUUUAGCUCAACUUUCUACAAUCAAAAACUUAAUAUAUGAUCACGUGAAAAUUUUAGACGAUUAUUUAAAAAAUGUUAUAGUCUCCAAUUGGAAAGUCUGAUAUGUUUACGUUGAAUUGAAGUUCUUUACAAGUAAAUUGUUUAAUUUCAAAAUUUCUUGUUGAAGAAUGAAAGAGUUGGUCGGAAUUAUGUAUCUUUUAUAAUGCAAAAGAAACUAAUUCAGUUUAUGUUCUUUUCCAUCAUCUUUUACAUUGAAUGCUAUUUGAAUCUAAAGUAUGGGAAUGGAUAUUUAUUACCCGUAAAAUAC